AGAAUAAUAAUAAUUAAAAAAGCAGCCCAGAGGGUGUCCUUCCAGCACCAGACUUUCCUCCAAACUUUGGCAAGGUUGGCGUCAUUAUAAAUGCCCUUCCAUAGGUGAAACUCCCCACGUGAAUCUGCCCUAGCAAAGGUCCAACCCAUAGAGCUGGAGCUACUUUUAAUUUACUCGCCAAAUUGCAUUGGGCUGUAAGCAAUACAUAAGGUAAGACAACACGCCAAUAACUGCAAAGCCCUCAUUCAUCCAUCUAUCCGGCCAGUCCAUUUGUUGGACCCUGCAACAAUUUAAUAUCUGGAAGCAGCUUUCAGGGUUAGCGUUGGUUUCCAAAGUAACCAUGCCCUGAAAGGACUGGGUUCAGAGAUGUGCCCAUGGCUAACAAUAUUUGCAGCACAGCCCUGGCUCUCCAGAUAUGUCCAGCUGAGAGUGCCUCUGGCUUGCGGGGGGGGGGGGGGGGGGGGAAGCAGAAGGCGGAAAAAGCCCUCUGUAAUUGCAUUUCUGUGCUACUUUCUCUAUUUUCUCCAGUUUGUUGGAUUCCAUAAAUUCCCGGGUAGGCUCUGCCAGAGGGCUGGGGGAAAGGGGAAAGGAAGAGGAGGGGAACGAAAGCAAACUGAAGUUCGCUUUUUUGGGGAAAACGCCUGUAAAUCUUCCCCAUGUCCAUGAGUCUUAUAUCUGUACUAGGCUGGCUACAAGUUGGGCAGCCUAAGGUAAAGUCAGGCUGCGCUCCCUAACAAGGUACAUGUGCUAAAUAACAUGGUGCAUACUUGCAGCUAUCUCCUUCUUUUGGUUAGAAACUUUAUUUUUUCCCCUAGUGACACUCAGGGGAAGCCUUAACGUUAUAGAAGAUGAAUACACGAGCUUUUUUUUUUCAGUUGUAGUCUCGUUUAUGGUUUUAUUGCUACCAUUGAUUACUUUGCUUUGUUACACAGAGGAAAAAGAGCAUAAAAUCCGUUGGCAUCCGGGUUCCUGUUAUAGCUGGGGGAAAAAUAUACAGCCCCCCCCAACCCUUCUUUGUCAGCUAAAAUCUUUUAGAUAUACAUCGCUAAAAGGAAUUAAGUCCAUUGAUUGAGAACAGGACAAACAAAUGCUCUCAGUUUCGAAUUUGAGUGUGCACCUAGAAACUCUCCUGUCAGCAGCCCCACGCACCCUUACAUUUAAAAUAAAAAUGUGGACACGAAGGAGGUUAAAAAAAAAAAAAAAAAGAGAGGAGGCCAGGGUUUCCCCGCCAUAAUUGAAUUUUUAAAUAGGAAGCCACCAGAAUGAUAAAGAUACCUUGCAAUAUUUACAGAUCAGCAGGUAUGUUUUACAUUUAAGGGGCAAUUUAUGGCUCUAGAUUGAAAUUAAAAUUAGAUUAGCUGUCUUCAUUUCAAUUAGUUCUAGGUGCAAUCUACCCAGAGAAGAUGUAAUAUAAUCCCCUCUUUCAUCUAACUAAAUAUUUGCAAUAGAAGUUUCCCAAUCAGUUGUAAAUAUCUGAAACUAUAAAUUUCUGCAAACAUAAACACGAGGUUGCAUCCCCAGCCCAGGCUCCCAAUUGCUCUCAAUUACGGAUAGAAGUGCUCUUUUUUGUUGUUGUUGUUGUAGUUGCUGUUGAAAAUGUAAAUAUCCUCUAGCAUUGCCACACGUUGAAAAUUAGCAGGGAAACGUGCAGGAGAGAAAUGUCAAACUGCACUGGAGGAGAAACCUAACUUCCAGGCUAACCUGAGUUCGCAAUGUUGUGUGUUUCUUGUCUGUCUUUUCUUUUUUUCCCCUCCCAAAGACAUACUUUAGGAAUGCUCUGAAACACGUUAUCAAUUCAGAAGUCGCCAUGUUUUCCCCCCUCUCUUUAUGUAAUAUUUUCUCAUCAAGAACACAACCAUUUGAUUCCAUAAUAUUGACCAAUGCUACAUGAGAACAAGACAAAAAAAAAAAAAACGGGAUAAUUUAUGGCUUAAUAUUCUGUGGACAUCUGAGAUUUAUUACUGUGAAUUCUGAGCUAUUUUAUUACAAGAUAUUAAGCAAACAUUUCUUUAAAAAAAAAUCAAAAAGAAGGGAAAAAAAAAAAAACACAACACAACGCACGGUGCCUCCAAACCCCAGUGUCCAUGGGGCAGAAAAAGGGGGGGUGUGGGGAGAGAAAAGUUGAGGCUGGGUUGGGAAAUUUGCACCAGCUCCCACUUGGCCGCAGCUGCCUCCGGGGCAGGACCCAGCGAUGGCUCCGGGAGCGCCGCCACCCCCCGGCCCCCCCCGGGCUCCCCGGGGCUGCUUGGGGGGUUUUGGGGGUGCAGGACUUACUUUCAAUGCACACUUAGUUUCAACUAGGGAAUCAACAGAAGCAAAAGCAAUUUUUCCCUUUUUGACACCCGCCUCCCCAUUGGCUCCCCCCGGGUCAGCUGACUUUGUCAUUUUGUCUGUCCUGGAGCAGAGCCUUCCCUAUAACAAUCUAGUUCAGACUACAAACUGGAGACAGAAAUAAAUAUUAAAGAAAUCACACAGCCAGGUAUAGAGGACGAUAUGAAUUCCUAUUUUACAAACCCAUCUUUAUCCUGCCAUCUAACCAGUGGCCAAGAGGUGCUUCCCAACGUAGCCCUCAAUUCAACUGCCUAUGACCCUGUCAGGCAUUUUUCUACUUAUGGAGCAGCCGUUGCUCAAAACCGGAUUUAUUCUUCUCCUUUUUAUUCACCGCAAGAUAAUGUUGUGUUUAGCUCCAGCCGAGGACCUUAUGACUAUGGAUCUAAUGCUUUUUACCAAGAAAAAGACAUGCUUUCUAGCUGCAGGCAAAAUUCUAUGGGACAUAAUACACAGACAUCAAUCGCACAGGAUUUUACCAGUGACCAAAACAGGAACACUUCGCAAGAACAAAAAACUAGCAUUCAAAUAUACCCAUGGAUGCAGCGUAUGAACUCCCACAGUGGAGUGGGCUACGGGGCCGACCGCCGGCGGGGCCGCCAGAUUUAUUCCCGUUACCAGACGCUGGAGCUGGAGAAGGAAUUUCACUUCAACCGCUACCUGACGCGGCGGCGGCGCAUCGAGAUCGCCAACGCGCUCUGCCUGACGGAGCGGCAGAUCAAAAUCUGGUUCCAGAACCGGCGGAUGAAGUGGAAAAAGGAGAGCAACUUGAGCUCGACCCUCUCCGGGGCGGGCGGUGGGGCAGCCGCAGCCGCCGCCGAUAGCUUGGCCAAGGAGGAGAAGCGAGAAGAGACAGAGGAGGAGAAGCAGAAGGAGUGAAAAGGGACGCCCCCCCCCCCCCCCGCCCCACACC